CCGGCCCGGGUACGGAGCGCGGCCAUGGGCCCGGGGCCCCCGGCGGCCGGAGCGGGGGCGCCGCCGCGGCCACUGUCGGUGGCCGCGCGGCUGAGCUACGCGGUGGGCCACUUCCUCAACGACCUGUGCGCGUCCAUGUGGUUCACCUACCUGCUGCUCUACCUGCACUCGGUGCGCGCCUACAGCUCGCGCGGCGCCGGCCUGCUGCUGCUGCUCGGCCAGGUGGCCGACGGGCUGUGCACGCCCCUCGUGGGCUACGAGGCCGACCGCGCCGCCGGCCACUGCGUCCGCUGCGGCCCCCGAAAGGCCUGGCACCUGGUCGGUACCAUCUGUGUCCUGCUGUCCUUCCCCUUCAUCUUCAGCCCGUGCCUGGGCUGCGGGGCAGCCACGCCCGAAUGGGCCGCCCUCCUCUACUACGCGCCCUUCAUCGUGAUCUUCCAGUUCGGCUGGGCGGCGGCGCAGAUCGCCCACCUCAGCCUCAUCCCCGAGCUCGCCACCAGUGACCACGAGAAGGUGGAGCUCACGGCCCUCAGGUACGCCUUCACCGUGGUGGCCAGCAUCACCGUGUACGGUGCCGCCUGGGUGCUGCUCCACCUGCAGGGCUCCCCGAGCUUGGGGGGGUCCCGCAGGGUCACUGACCAGCUGGGCAUCCAAGACGUGCUGGUGUUCCAGAACCUCUCCCUGCUGGUGGUGGGAGUUGGAGCCGUCUCUUCGCUGCUGUUCCAUCUGGGCACCAGGGAAGGGCGCCGGCCUCGGGCGGAGGAGCCGGACGAGCACAGCCCGCUGCUGGCCCCCGCCACCGCCCGGCCCCUGCUGCUCUGGAAGCACUGGCUCCGAGAGCCGGCCUUCUAUCAGGUGGGCUUGCUGUACAUGAGCACGAGGCUCAUUGUGAACCUGUCCCAGACGUACAUAGCCAUGUAUCUCACCUACUCCCUCAACCUGCCCAAGAAGUUCAUCGCCACCAUCCCGCUGGUGAUGUACCUCAGCGGUUUCUGCUCCUCCUUCCUCAUGAAGCCAGUCAACAAGUGCAUCGGGAGGAAUCUGACCUACUUUGUGGGCCUCCUGGUGAUCCUGGCCUUCGCCGCCUGGGUGGCACUGGCAGACGGGCUGGGCAUGGCCGUGUAUGCGGCGGCUGUGCUGCUGGGCACGGGCUGCGCCACCAUCCUCGUCACCUCGCUGGCCAUGACGGCCGACCUCAUCGGCCCCCACACGCACAGCGGAGCCUUCGUGUACGGGGCCAUGAGCUUCUCGGAUAAAGUGGCCAAUGGGCUGGCAGUCAUGGCCAUCCAGAGCCUGUAUCCCUGCUCCUUGGAGAUUUGCUGCAGGGCCUGCAUGGGCUUCUACCGCUGGGUGAUGGUGGCCGCCACUGGCGGUGUGGGCGUGGCCGCCACCCUCUGUCUCUGCAGCCUCCUCAUCUGGCCCAUUCGCCUGCGGAGUUGGGACCCCGGAGCCCAGCCCUGAUUCCACAGGCGCCACGGUUGCCGUCCUGUGCACAUGAACUCUGUACGUUCCAGGCCCAGCUGAGGCCAGGAGCAGCCCUCCCUCCGUGCCGCCCCCACCUCCCAUCCCUACCCCCCCCAUCCUUGCUGGCUGUGGGGGCAGGACAGUCAGGAUCCCAGACAUGGAGCUCAGCCCUCUGGGAUCCAGGGGUGCGCCCGGCUCACCCCUCACCCCAGGCUUGGGUGCAGUUUCCUACGUGCCGCCAGGUCCCUCGACCAUGACGUGGUCAGUGAGCCUGACAGGAGCCUCAGGCGGGGGUAGGGAGGAGCAAGUCCCGUGCUCUGUGCCCAGGCCACUGCUGGACACGAAUAAAGAGCCACCCGUGGGUGAGGGCUGUGGUC